AUGUAUGAAAAAUUAGAUAGAAUAAUAACAAUAGAUGGUCAAUUGGGUACUGUUAAAUAUGUUGGACAAUUACCUAGUGAUAUAUGGGGUUCCAACGUGACGGCUUUAGGUGUUGAAUGGGAUCAACCAGAACGAGGCAAGAAUAAUGGUACUUUGGAAGGUAUAUCAUAUUUUGAGACAGAAGUUGAGGGAGCGGGGUCAUUUAUUAAAGCAAAUAACAAAAAGAUAACUAAAGAGAGAUACGACUUCAUUGAAGCACUCAUAAGACAAUAUUCCGGUACAACUAUUGAUUAUCAAGGUACAAUCAUGUUUGGAACGAAGGUUGCAGAGAGCUAUGGAUUUGAAAAGUUGAAUGAAAUCCAAUCUGAUUUCAAUAACUUAACAUCCAUAUCUCUUGAGAAGAAAUAUAUAUGUACUUCAUUCCAUAGUUCUGACAGGAUUAAUAGAAUUUUCAAUAGUUUAGAUAACGUUACAAACUUGGAUUUGAGCUAUAAUUUGUUUAAUAAUUUGAAUGAUAUCUGGGAUAUUAUAGAUCCACUUGAACAUUUGACAGAACUAAAUCUCAACGGAAAUCGAUUUUUCAAUAAUGACGAAGAUAUACCCAAGAAACCUCAUAACAAAUUACGCUCCAUAAAGCUUGCGUCAACAAAUAUAACUAUACGACAGGUUAUACAUCAAAUUUUGCCUAAGUUUCCAAGUUUACAGGAUAUUACAUUGGCUGGUAAUAGGUACGAGGACGAAGUUUUCAAUAAUAUAUCAAUUAGUCAUGAUUCAUUAUUGAAUAUGGAUUUAUCAUAUAAUAGGUUGCGUACUAUACCUCAUCUAAAAAACAAGUUUAAUAUUUUAAGCUCAUUUAAUCUAGCAAAUAAUUGCAUCUCAGAUAUCCUGGAAGAUAUGGUGUUUAAUUAUAUUCAUUGCAUUGACUUACGAAACAACGAAAUAGAUACUUGGAAUACUGUUGAUAAAUUGUACCUUGCAUUUCCGGACUUGAGAGAACUUAGAAUUAAUGGAAACCCAGUUUUUGGCAGUAUAUCAGUAGAAGAAAUGACCAUAAACUUGAUUGCAAGAUUUGAAUUUCUGGGAGAAAGAAAUAGUAAGAUUGGAUACAAAAUAAAUAAGUUGAAUGGGGCUUUUAUACUGGAUGACGAAAUAACUAAUGCAGAACUUUACUUUAUUUCUAAGGUAAGAAAUGGGGAUUAUAAUUAUGAUCGCAAAAGUAAAAGAUGGCAAUUAUUAUUGAACAAGUAUCAUAUUGAAGAUAUACACCAGUCCCGAGAAGAAAGAAAUGACCUUAGCCGAAAGAAGAUAAAGUUGAAUAUAUAUUCCGAGUUUAGACAGCAUAUAAUGGAACGUGCAUUUUUGACAGAUAAUUCGAUAUUGCGUUUGAAAGGCGUUAUUUCAAGAAACCUUAAUCGAUCAAUAUUGGAAUUUAGAGUUUUCUACUACAUUAAUGAAGCUGAGGAUGAAAUAGAGAAUAAGAUCAAGCAAUACUUAGAUGACAACAUUGCAACAAUUGGUAAUUUUGGUUUCCUGGAUAAUCAAAAAUUAUAUGUGACAUUAAAUACAUAG